AUGAAUGCAAUAGCAUCAUCGUCCACAGCAAUGGUUAGCAAUAAUUCGAACAGUUCCGUUAUUUGCAAUAAUAAUCCAUCGAAAAGAAGGAGUGGAACAUUUCGUGUUUUAGCAGAAGAUUGCACACAAUUUACAUUGAGCGAUGAAUUUGAUAGUGAUUUCCAUCAGGCACUAACAAAUUAUGAACAGUAUACGUUUGGAUUGGAUCCGAUAUUAGAUGAACCGUUAAUUAGUCGCUCAAAUACUGAUAAUGAUAUCAGUAGUGAUUAUUUGCACGAGAAAUUAAAUAAGGAUACAUUAAGAGGAUCAUAUGUGUCACAUCAUGAAAGAGAAAUUUCCAGGUUAACAGAUGAGGUGGAAAUUGAUGGUGAUUCAGCAUCGGAUGAAUUGGAUUUGUUGCCAUCUUUACCGCCUUGUUCAGGUACAGGGCGAAAAUUUCCAAAGUGGAAAAUAAAAGUGCCAAAUUGGUUACUUUGUCGUAAUCCACGGGUUCCAGUGAAAUGCAUUAUUAUGUAA